AUGACUUCUGCAGAUACGGCUUUUGCCUCUGGGCGCCAGCAAGGCCCGGACGUUCGCCGCAGAAACGUGGGAGAAGCUCUAAAAGGAGACUUUGAUGCCUCUGUUGCCACCACGCCGAGGUCAAAGAAGGCCCCAAAGCAUCAAUCCACUUUCGACGAUUGGGAAAAUGUUCUUGCUCCACUUAUAUUAACGGUCUUUUCUCUUUUCAUUCGUUUGUACCGUAUCGGUUUAUCCAACAUUGUGACUUGGGAUGAGGCACAUUUCGGCAAGUUUGGCUCUCAUUACCUGAAGCGUGAAUUCUAUUUCGAUGUCCACCCACCACUCGGCAAAAUGCUUGUCGGCUUGUCCGGCUACCUCGCCGGAUACAAUGGUUCUUUCGAAUUCAAGUCUGGUGAAACUUACCCGGAAGAGGUCAACUACACCUUCAUGCGCGUUUUCAAUGCUCUUUUCGGUGUCGUUUGCGUGCCCCUGGCAUAUUACACUGCUCGUGAGCUGAACUUCCGCAAGCCUACCGUUUGGCUAGUUGCAUUGAUGGUUCUAUUCGAGAAUUCAUAUGCUACCAUAUCGAGGUUUAUUCUCCUUGACUCUAUGCUCUUGUGCUUUACUUUCACAACUACGCUCUGCUGGGCUCGGUUCCAUCGUUUACGUGCACAAAGUUUUUCAGUUGAGUGGUACGUUUGGCUAUUCCUUACAGGUAUAAGCAUCGGAUGUGUCUGCAGCGUGAAGCUUGUCGGGCUAUUUUGCACGGCUCUAGUGGGACUCUAUACCGCAGAAGACCUUUGGAAUAAGUUUGGUGAUUUGAAAAUGCCCAAGGUGACACUGGCGCAUCACCUCUUUGCGAGAGUGGUUUGCCUUAUUGUAGUACCAAUCUUAGUCUACAUGUUUUCUUUCUACUUGCACUUCUUGAUUCUGGAGAACAGUGGACCUGGCGAUGCCCAGAUGAGCUCCCUUUUCCAAGCGAAUCUCAGAGGCACCGAGGUGGGUAGGGAUAGCCCUCUCGAGCUUGCGCUAGGCUCCCGAGUUACUCUGAAGAAUAUGGGAUACGGUGGUGGUCUUUUACAUUCUCACGUUCAAACCUAUCCUGAAGGCUCAAACCAGCAACAGAUAACUUGCUACCAUCACAAGGAUGCCAACAACGACUGGUUUAUCUAUCCAAAUCGGUAUGAGCCUGAGUACAACCCCGAUGGAGACUUGAAAUUUGUCGGCGAUGGAGAUGUUAUUCGUCUUAUUCAUGCGCAGACUGGACGAAAUUUGCAUUCUCAUGCUAUUUCGGCACCAGUCACGAAGGCCGAUUACGAGGUGUCCUGUUAUGGCAAUACAACUAUCGGAGAUGACAAGGAUCACUGGGCCGUGGAGGUUGUUAGUGAUGCUGCCUCGAGGGAUAGAAGCAGAGUCCGCACUCUUACGACGGCUUUCCGAUUACGGCAUCCCUCCCUCGGAUGCUAUCUAAGAGCCGGAAAUGUGAAUCUUCCUCAAUGGGGAUUUAAACAGAUAGAAACGACUUGCGUUAAAGAAAACAAGCCUCGAGAUGUCUAUACUCAUUGGAACGUAGAAUCUCACGUGAAUGAGAAACUGCCACCUGGCGAUCCCGGGUCUUACAAGUCCCCCUUCAUAAAAGACUUCAUCCAUUUGAAUGUUGCUAUGAUGACUUCAAAUAAUGCGCUUGUUCCUGACCCCGAUAAGCAAGACGAUUUGGCUUCAAAAUUCUGGCAAUGGCCACUUUUGCACGUCGGACUACGAAUGUGCUCUUGGGAUGACAAUGUAGUCAAAUACUUCCUCCUAGGAAACCCGCUGGUGUACUGGGGCAGCACUGCUAGCCUUGCUGGCUUUGGCUUGAUUGUUCUUUGGUACUUGAUUCGAUGGCAACGAGGCUAUGUGGAUUUGAGCCCGAAGGAAAUUGAUCAUAUCCAUUAUUCUGGUGUCUACCCGGUAAUUGGAUGGGUCCUCCAUUAUUUCCCCUUUGUCAUCAUGGCUCGUGUGACCUAUGUCCAUCACUACUAUCCCGCUCUUUAUUUCGCCAUUCUGAGCGCUGGCUUCUGCGUAGAUUGGCUUACCCGGAGGCUGAGCAAGGAGCUGCAGUGGGGCAUAUACACGGUUCUAUAUGCGGCUGUUGUUGCUCUGUUCACCGUGUUCCGAGCAAUUGUUUUCGGCAUGGAGGGCUCAAAUCAGCAGUGGGCAUACUUGAAUUGGUUUAGCACUUGGCGCAUUGCUAACUAG